AUGACCAGAGCGGUUAGUCACGAUGAUAUGCUCAGAGGCAGCACGGCCGGACAGGCCCAUCUUAGAGAUAACGACUUUGACGCGGCCGUCGAACCAACUGCAUCCAAAGACGGUGCAUUCACCUUACGCGCCGUGCUCAUGGGCUGUCUCCUCGGCAUCUUCGUGUGCACGACCAACAUGUACUUUGGCCUGCAAACCGGGUACACGAACGGCAUGUCGAGCGUGAGCUCAUUGCUAGGGUUCGUGGCCUUCAAAGGAUGGGAGAGAUACACCAAGCGGCCCGUCCUUGUCGGCGAGACAGUUCUGUUGCAAACCGUCGCCAGUGCUACGGGGUGCUUCCCGUCGACAGCGGGACUGCUCGGCGCGAUUCCUGCUCUGGAGUUCCUCACCCCGCCAGCGCUUCAAGGACCACUCAAGCUCUCCUGGGUCCAAUUGUUGCUGUGGUCGCUGGGCUUGAGUCUGUUCGGUCUGAUCUGGGCCUUGAUGCUACGCAGCCACUAUGUGGACUCGGACAGACUGCCGUGGCCGGGAGCAAACGCGACGGCCAUUUUGAUCCGAGUGCUUCAUGGUCAAAGACAACAACCUACUCCUCCUACACAGACGACGUAUCGGUGUUCUUUGUGCGCCCUGCCUAUAGCACCGGUAAACGUACAGGUGUCGGAAGAUAUGGUGGGAACAUGUACGCAUACGCCCACCCGACCGGCUGAGCCAGACCUGCUGGUCCCCUCCUCCUCUUGCAAGUCUCGGCGCGAGAGAUGUAGGGAAGGUUAUGACUGGUGGUCUCAGGCCAGGCUUCUGGUCUACACCGGCUUGUGCGCGGCUGUUUAUGGCCAAAUCAUGUACCUUUUCCCAAUACUGCACGACUUGCCCGUUUUUGGCCAGACGGCUGCCACUGAAGGCCUGUGGACCAUGAGCACUUCUCCCGGAUAUUUUGGCACCGGCGUCGUCACUGGACCAGAGAUCACAAUGCACAUGCUUCUGGGUACCAUCGUCGGAUGGGGUGUUUUGGCUCCCUUAUCCAAACGGUUCGGGUGGGCGCCCGGUGAUGUCGGUGACUGGGAGAAUGGAGCAAGAGGCUGGAUCAUCUGGAUUAGUCUCAGCGCCUUGUUGACCGAUUGUGUUGUCAAGAUGCUUUGGACUGUUGUUGCUGAGCCGCUCUUUUCUCUGCCCUGGCGUUGGCAUUGGCUUACUACACCGGCAAUCUCUAUCGGUGCCACCAGGCGUGACCACGAUUCAUCGGACGGUUCCACUGGCAUUAUUACUGACGACAAUGAUAUUGAGGAUACGCGACCAUUGUUGGCCGACUUGGAGGCUUCCCAGUUUGGGCCUGUACAGGCGCCCCGACCCACAAGUUCAACCUCGUCUUCAACACCAACAUCCACAUGUACCACUUUGUCUCGAGCAGAGAAUCAAGCAACUCCAGGCGGGCAACGAAUCUCAAUCACAUAUCAGGACGAGGAAGAAACUACUAACACAAAGACGGACAUAGCGACAACAGCCCCCAGAAAUACCAACUCUAAGCCACUACCCUUACCUAUACUCUCCAUUUGGACGCCAUCCAGGCCCGCGACCAUUGUGGCUCUCGUGUUUGCCAUUUGUCUCUGUCUUAUCUGCACGCGCCUGGCACUGGGAAGUACGAUCCUCUCUGCUCCACUGGUGCUGCUGGCCGUCAUGGUGUCAUUGCCUCUGAGCGUGCUAGGCAUCCGCUCUCUCGCCGAGACCGAUUAUAACCCCAUGUCGGGAAUUGGCAAAAUCUCUCAAAUUCUUUUCGCCUUCUUCAUCCCCAACUCCAACCCUUACCGGUUCAUCAUCAAUAUUAUCGUUGGCGCCAUUGCCGAAGCUGGAGCCAGUCAGGCCGGCGACAUUUCAUAUGAUCUCAAAGUUGGACAACUCGUAGUGGCUAGUAGCGGCAGCGGCGGCGGCGAUGACACUUCCUACGGCUACUACUCCCAGGUGUCCCAAACUCACCCGCACCCGCAACCGCAACCACUCUCGCGAUUCCUACUACAAGAAGCCCAACUCUACGGCCAGAUCAUAGGCUCCAUCUUCGGCGCUUUCGUCUCGGUCGGCUUGUAUAAACUGUACACUGCCAACAACGCCCUCCCGAGUCGACGAUUUCCGAUGCCCGUGGCCCAUGUUUGGAUUCUGGCCGCCAAGUUGGCAACCGGUAUGGGCAACGACAACGACAACGAUAACGACAACGGUGCUGCUUCUGGUGCUGGCUCAGCAGGGUUUCCCGAGAAAUCAAUCCAGUUCUCGAUUGCCACGGCCGCCGUGUUUGCACUAUUGACAGUAUUACGGAUAGGAUCAGACGCAAAGAAAACAAGAUGGAGGCACUGGAUUCCAGGCGGCGUGGCGUUUGCCAUUGGGAUUUAUAACACGCCAGCAUUCACCAUCACGCGAGCUCUAGGCGGAAUGUUCAAUUGGUACUGGUUGGACAUUUGUGGCAAGGAUCAUGAUACAUUGAUGAUCUGGGCCAGUGGUUUAUUGUUCGGGGAAUCGAUUGCGGGCAUCUUUGCCCUGCUUGUCACAGCUUCAGCCUGA